AUGCUACGACUACAUUUGGCGGUAUAUUUCUAUCUUUGCACAGUUGUUGCUUUCGAAAAUUGGCCACUUCUUUCAGAAAAUCAGGAUGAUGCGUCGCGUGCCCAGCGUGACAUGUCCGAGAACAUUCCAAUCGACCAAUUGGGCCUAAGUGGUUUGUCUCUAAAUCAGUUGGUGUUUGAACCAUACGGAUACAAUUUUGCUGCUCUCAACGAGUUGCUGAUGAUUCUUUCUGGCAAGGUGGGGGCGCUUAUGUUAGAUAUGUACUGGAACGAGUUUACUCAGACCUGGCAACUUUGUCCUGCUCCAUUUCCAAAUAAUCUGACAGGAAACUUGACAAACACAGUGGAUGUGUCCUGGAACGGCAAGACAUACCAAUGCGAGCCAGGUCUUUCUCCUGCGGACGUCAUGGCGACUAUAACGCAGUACUUUCGGACUUCAAAUGUCAAGGUCACUGCCAAUAUGGUGCUCUUACUCUUGAACUUGAAAAGCAUCUACUACGAGCCGGUGGCUACGGCCACGAACAGAACUUACAACUCCACAUCUACACGGCUAGAUUCCAUUCCAUCCGGGUACGAAUCGCCGGAUCCUUCGUAUUUGCUGGUUGGAAACUCCACGUUGGCGCAGUCUGUAUCGGGACUAGGAAGCUGGCUGUUCAUGCCGCUGGAACUCCAAGUAUUUUCUGAAUCUUCGCCUAGUGGCAACUACACUAACUACUACUCUUCUGAGUACCCCACCCAAUACGAUUUCCUAUUCAAUUUGUUCAAGAGAACUAUGGUUAGUGUCGUCAACAACGAUCUACGUCUGUCGAACAAAGGUUACAACAUAUCCAGCUUGGACAAGGAUACCAUUUUUGUUCCUACAGAAGACGAUUUCGAGCCGACGUUUGUCAAUUCCUCGGACAUUGGCAUUCUUACUAAUUGCUCAAGAUUACGACAUUCGGCAUUCGACCCAUCACUCUUUUCUGUGAUAGUUGGGCAAUCACGUUUCAGAACAGUUGUCGACAGCCUGAGCACUCCGUUCACCAACGACAGUUUGCAAAUGUGGACCGAAUGUGGCUUCAACACUGUUCUUAACGCAAGUUACAAGUCGUAUGAAUCGCAGAUCGGAGACAGAACCAAUAACACAGCAGACCAGUUGGGUGCAAUCUUCAACAACUUCGUGCCGCUCCAAUACUGGUCUUGGGCACCAAAUCAACCCAACAUAGCGAAGGAAAAUACAACCAGUGCCACCAAUGACGAUGAUUCAGACACUGAAGACAACCAAUUUGAGAGUACCACCAACGCCCAAUUCGCGUUCAAGUGCAUUGCUAUGACGUCUCAGGGAUGGACUAUGAGUAAUUGCUACGAUAAGUAUCGGUUAGCAUGUCAGCGCAUGGAUAACCCGUUCGAUUGGACGAUUCUGUCGUCGCUUUCCACAUAUUUUGACUCCAGUGAUAACAAAUGUCCAGAAAACUACGCCUUCGGUCUUCCGCAACUGAGUAUCGAACAGGGAGCAUUGUGGACAUUUCUCGACUCGAGAAAUAUUCUGGCACCGGUGUGGAUUGAUCUCAACGAUAUUACUGUGACGGGUUGUUAUGUGACAGGUGGACCUUAUGCUGAGUGUCCAUACACGAAGAUAGUGACGACCCUGAAUUUGAUUCGUCAGAUUGCACCUAGUGUAGUUGUUGCUUUUGUCAUUAUCUUGUUGGUUUUUUGGGAGAAGUUUUUCCUUAGGACUCCUGUCCAUUCCAACAGGAAGCAUUAUUGGAAGAGAGCCAUCAAUCAGUACUACAAGGAGAACGAGUACGAGGGCGUGCCUUCGUAG